AUGCUGAACAACACAGGCCCGGUGGCCAAACUCUACUUGUCCAUAAUUGAUGAUGUGAUUGAGAGCAUGAAGGAGCUCUUCUUGGAUGAAGGGCUUGAAGACCGCGUCCUGGACGAUUUAAGACAUCUUUGGGAGUCAAAGAUGAUGCAGUCUAAAGCAAUGGAAGACUUUAGGAAAAACAAUAUCAACUCAUCCAACUUUGUGCUCCAGCUCCCUGCCAACUACAGUCAGACUGAUCAGGAGCUCACAGCCUCAGUCGUGAUCCCUGCAAGUCAGAAUAUCCACAGCUUCCCAGUCAAGAACAACUCAGAGGCCCUUGCUACUUUCUCUCUCCCGGCUGGGUUAGCUUACCCUGUGCAGAUACCAGCAGGAGUCACUCUACAAACAGCCUCUGGUCAACUUUACAAGGUCAAUGUUCCCGUUGUGGUUACUCAAGCCCCAGCAGGUCAGCAAUCUGCAUCCCAUCCCACACAGAAAGCCCCUGCCCCUCCUCCCGCUGCAGUCCCACCAAAUACCAUUCACCCUCAGGAGGUGGAGCCGUCCCCUGUUCCGGCUGCUUCUGUGGCACAGCUGCCACAGCCAGCGGCCGAUUUACCCUCCAGUCAGGAGAGCAGCCUCCCCCGAGAGCCGCAAGCCCCCACUGCUGACACCUCGCAGCUUCAGGGGGUCGACUCUCCACCGCCUGAGGUCACGCUGGGAGAAAAUGAGCCGAGUCCGCAACCUGAACCUGUGAACUUCAGCAUGACCGCCUCAUCCUGCAGUCAGUUAUUAGACUUCCAGCUCAGCACAGUGGAGGCUUUGACACAGACGGCCCAGUUAAAGACCAGAGACAUUGAUGACAUCCUGAAAGAAGUGAUUGAGGAGGAGAGAGAGAAGGCAGAAAGGGUGAGGAAUCUAGUGCCUGGAAAGACUGAAGACCAGUCUGAGGCUGCUCUCGGGCUGGACCUGGACUACAGCUACAGUGAGCUGUCAGACAUCGUUCAGCUGGAUGGUCCCGCAGACAACUCUGACACCGAGGAUGAAGAUGAAGUUCCGCUGGAAGAGAAUGACUUCCUGGGUAUAAUCAACGCAGAGGCCAUAAAGGUCCUGCAGGAAGGAGAUGGAAGCAGUGACGGCAAUAGCAUCUCCUCCAGCAGCGACGGCGAGGGAGUAGAUGAACUCAGUAAUGCUGAGGAUGAGGAUCCUCUGAAUUCAGGUGACGAUGUGAUUGAGCAGGACAUCCCAGACCUCUUUGACACCGACAAUGUUAUCGUUUGCCAGUACGACAAAAUUCACCGCAGUAAGAACCGCUGGAAGUUUCAUUUGAAAGAUGGGGUGAUGUGUUACGCAGGCAGGGACUACGUGUUCUCUAAAGCUGUAGGGGAAGCUGAGUGGUAA